UCUGGGGUUCUAUUUUUUACGGGCGGAGAGGGCUCUUUACAUUAAGAUCUGAGGAGAGAGUGGUACCAGUGCGGCGAUCCCUUUCUCUCUCUUCCCUUUUGAUUAGCAACGGAUUCGGGGGCGAUGCCCUCUGAAUUCUCGCUGGAAUCGGGUGGAUCUUAGUCGGGAGAGGACGAAGAAGGAGAAAUAUUCCGCCUUUUGCAGUGUUGUCUGCUGAAUCUGGAGUUAGAAUAGAUGAUACCUGCGGUCUUUGGUGGUGGAUUUGUGUCCGUCUCGGGCCGUUGGAGUCAUGGGUGAAGAAAUGGUGCUAUUUUGUUUCGAAAGUUGAGAUUUUUCGGUUUAAGAUAGGGAUUUCGGUAGUCAUGGACUGGGUUUUGUAGGGUUCGGGAGUGUAGUAUCGAGGCGUUUAGUUGAGUUGUGGGGUGUUUGUUUCCUGUUUGUGCCUUAGGUGUCGUGGAGAAGGGAGGGAGUGGUGUUCGGUGGAGGUGACUCGGAUUUCAGAUUGUUGGGCUAUUCUGAAGGGAAGUACGAGGACAAGUGGAGUCGAUCGGUUCUCCACUUUAAUCUGAUUUUUCUGCUCUCCAAGCAGUUCUGCGCACCGAAAGGAGAUCGCGAAAAGGGUGGGAGUCUUUUGAAUCUAUACAUCGGUUGGCUAAAAGCAUUCUUUUGAAACUAGCUAGAAUUGCUCUUGCCCAUGCUCACAUUUAGCAAAUCGAUGAAAGAAUCAUCAAUGAAGCAAAGUGACAAGUGCCUGGACUCCCAGCUGUGGCAUGCCUGCGCCGGCGGAAUGGUUCAGAUGCCGGCAGUGAACUCCAAGGUCUACUACUUCCCACAGGGUCACACGGAGCAUGCCCAAGGGCUUGUGGAUUUUGCGACAUCCCAGCGAAUCCCACCUCUGAUCCUUUGCUGUGUAACUGCUGUGAAAUUUAUGGCUGAUCUGGAGACUGACGAGGUGUUUGCAAAAAUCAGCCUGGUUCCACUGAGACCCAACGAGCCAGACUUUGGAGAAGAUGAUGGACUGGGUCUCAGUAUAAAUGGAGUUGAUGUACAAGAAAAGCCGGCAUCUUUUGCCAAGACUUUGACACAAUCGGAUGCCAAUAAUGGUGGGGGCUUCUCUGUCCCACGUUACUGUGCUGAGACCAUCUUCCCGAGGUUGGACUACUCGGCUGACCCUCCUGUGCAGACCGUGCUUGCAAAGGAUGUGCAUGGUGAGAUUUGGAAGUUUAGGCACAUAUACAGGGGGACACCUCGUCGGCAUUUGCUGACAACUGGGUGGAGCACUUUUGUUAACCAGAAGAAGCUUGUGGCAGGCGAUUCAAUUGUGUUCUUGAGAACAGAGAAUGGGGAUCUCUGUGUGGGAAUCCGACGGGCUAAACGAGGUGGGAUUGGUGGGGGUCCAGAUAUCCCAUCAGGAUGGAACCCACCGGGUGGGAAUUGUGCAUCUAGCUAUGGGGGCUUCUCUGUCUUCCUAAGGGAGGAAGAAAAUAAAUUGAUGAGGGGAAAUGGCAAUGGUGGUGGUGCUGGUGGGGCUAUGAGGAUUAGUGGAAGAGUAAGGGCAGAUUCUGUCAUCGAGGCAGCAACACUUGCAGCUAAUGGGCAACCUUUUGAGGUUGUGUAUUAUCCUAGAGCAAGUACACCAGAGUUCUGUGUGAAGGCUGCAUCAGUAAAAGCUGCAAUGAGGAUCCAAUGGUGUCCAGGGAUGAGAUUUAAGAUGGCUUUUGAAACUGAGGAUUCCUCGCGGAUUAGUUGGUUCAUGGGGACGAUAUCUUCUGUUCAGAUUGCAGAUCCUGUACGGUGGCCUAAUUCGCCUUGGAGACUUCUGCAGGUCACAUGGGAUGAACCAGAUCUGUUACAAAAUGUGAACCGUGUGAACCCAUGGCUAGUUGAACUGGUCUCAAACAUGCCAGCUAUCCAUCUUGCUCCCUUCUCUCCGCCGAGGAAAAAGCUCCGCAUCCCUCAACACCCUGAUUUUCCCCUUGAAGGCCAACUUUCAACACCAAUGUUCCCCGGAAAUCCCCUUGGUCACUGCACCAGUCCUCUAUUCUGUUUCCCAGACAGUACUCCUGCAGGCAUACAGGGAGCCAGGCAUUCUCAAUUUGGUAUAUCUUUAUCAGAUCUCCACCAUAACAAACUGCAGUCAGGUCUGUUCCAUGCUGGCUUUCACCGCCUUAAUCACACAUCUUCACUCUCAAGAAUAUCAGCAGGUGUAGCCGUUGAUAGUCCUGCCAUUGAUAAAAACAUUUCUUGUUUGUUAACAAUUGGCAAUACUUCCCAAAGCAUAAAGAAUCCCUGCAAUGCAAAGCCACAACAAUUAAUGCUUUUUGGGAAGCCAAUACUAACCGAGGAGCAAAUUUCUCUGAGCAACUCUGGGGAUAUGGUCUCCCCUGGAGCCACUGGAUACAGUUCUCCUGAUGGGAAUCUAGAGAAGACAACCAAAUUUCCAGAAGCAUCUGGUUCUGCAACUAACAAAAAUGUGGCUGUGGAUAAUUCAUCUUGUAACAGAUUUGAGUGGUACGGGGAUCACCAUUCAUCAGACCUUGGUCUGGAGACUGGACAUUGCAAGGUUUUUAUGGAAUCAGAUGAUGUUGGCCGCACCCUUGAUCUCUCUGUGUUUGGUUCUUAUGAAGAACUAUACAGAAGGCUAGCCGACAUGUUUGGGAUUGAGAAAUCUGAGAUGAUGAGCCAUGUGAUUUAUAAGGAUGCGGCUGGUGCAGUUAAACUCACUGGAGAUGAACCUUUCAGUGACUUUAUGAAAACGGCACGGAGGCUGACAAUAUUAACAGAUUCGGGCAGUGAUAACAUAGGAAGAUCGAUGCUACCAGGAUCGUUCAGCACAAACCUACAGUGCUGCAGUUGAUUCACAAAGCCGUGGGGAGCUGCAUGGACUUUGUUUAGUUGUCUGGAGUUGGAAGAAAUACAAAUCGAGUAGAGAAUGUAUUCAACAAACCCUUAAUGCUGGUUGUUGCUUCUUCAUUUUGUCUCCUUGUUUGCCAAGUGAUAGACGGUCUGUUUCGAGCUUUUCUUUGCGUUUGUGAACCUGUAAUAGCUAAGUAGCGCACUCUUCGAACUGUGUUUUUCAAGCAAGAUUAGCAUGUUUGCUUUGAAGGACGUAGAUGCAAAUUGUCCUUAUCAAUAA